AAUGUUUGAAGGAGGAACGAGUAAGAUACUCUGGCUAGCACAGAGUGUGCCCCUGUUCGGACUGCUUUGUUAUGUUUCUUAUCAGUGGAGAAACCUCCUCUCCAUCGUCAUCCUCAUUGCUUCACUUUACUCCUUCACCAAGAAUGCCAUCGCCGUGGUAGUUGAGUCAAACAAAGUCCCCAAGCGUGCAUUCAUAUUGCUUGUAUUCUUUGACCUGUGGGUGGGCUUGGUGAUGUUGAAUAAAUACAUUUACCUAGAUAUGAAGUACUCACGUGGUUUCCUGGACUGUUUCAUGAAGUACACUGGUAAAUCAUCUGCCACUACAGAACAAACCAUCUACAAAGUAAACAAGCACGUGGAAGUGUACGUGUACAAACCAUGUACAAUCUCCAACAAGGGCUGUGUAGUGUACAUACACGGGGGAGGGUUCUGCUUUCUGUCCGCGGCAGGCUUCAACAAGUCUAUCUCUCAGAUGUCCCACUACUUGGAGAUGGUGGUGGUGAGUGUGGAGUACAGACUAGCUCCAGAGCACCGCUUCCCAGCUGGUCUGAUAGACAGCUACUCUGCAGUGCAGUGGGUACAUGAUAACAGUGAGAUGUUGGGGGUGGAUUGUAACAGUAUCUUUGUAGCUGGAGAUAGUGCGGGAGGGAACUUAUCUGCUGCUGUUAGUCUGCUGUACAGAGACAGACAGGGGGCACCACUAGAGGCUGAGACACAGGACGUGCUUCCAGAGACUGAGACAGAAGAGGCACUUCCAGAAACAGAGACACAAGACGCUCCUCAAGAUAAGACACCAGAAGAUAAGAAAAGACCUGGUCUAGCAGGGCAGAUCCUCCUCUACCCUCUUCUACAAGGUUACAGUAGCUCUCACCCCUCCAUGAUAGAUAACGGCACCUCAUUCUUCCCUCACCCUGAAAUGGCCAUGGCCUGUAUAUCUAUGUAUGUAUCAGGAGGAGACAGAUUUACCCGUUGGUUGGGGGACCCUGAAAAGAUACCGACCAAAGCUCCCAAGUUCUGGCAGACAGUGGUAAACAAGGAUGCCAGUCAGUUGGAAACGAUAAAGGAAGUUAAAAUGUUGGCUGAGCAUUCUGAUAACGUUACUUUUAUGGAGAUUAUGGGUAAUAGUUACCUGCUCCCGCUUCACGCAGAAGACGUCAGUAACCUGCCCCCCGCGUACAUAACGGUCGCGGCUGCAGACACGCUGCGCGACGAGGGGGAGUGGUACGCGCACUAUCUACGAGAAAAUGGAAACAGCGUGGAGUUAAGCGAGGUUAAACAUGUGCAUGGGUUUAUGAUGCAGUACGAAACGAAUGAGAUAGCUAGAGGUGAACUUAUGAAGAUUAAAAAGUGGAUCGGUAAAACUCUAAGUGUGAACUGAUUGUAUUAAGGAACAUUUAGAAAUCACUGUUAUCAUCAUUAUAUCCCAUAGUUACUAAAUUGAUAGCUCAUUUUUUUAACUAUUAAAGUGGCAAAUAUUUGCUUAUGUAAUACUUCUUGUUUUGAUUGAUGUUCAACUUUUAUGAUUUUAUCAUCUUGUUUUAAAUUAUAGGUAUUAGUGAGUCGAAGUUUUUACAUUUUUAUGAUGGGCGAUGAGGAGGUCUCCAUUUCCUAUAUUACCUGUUCAACCAAUCCUAAUUCAGCAUUAUGUCUCACUUUCUAAACAAAUAAGUAAAAUAUAAACUAAUUAACGAAACUUUUGUGAAAGGUAAAUAAACAAAAUAAUAAAGAUCGUCCUAGCAGAUCCACAGCAAAAGCAACAAAUAAGAUAGCUACAAUAAUAUCCAAACAGGUACAGGUGUAUCCAAACAAGUGCUGAACCUACCUUAGAAACACGAAACUUCCAAUACUUUAACCAAUCACAGCAGCUCCCUGAAACCACGUGAUUUGUCUUGUUCAAUCAGAGAGCUCCAUUUGCACCGUUACUUAUCUGCACUUCCCUCUCAGAAACAUGGCUUUUAGAUCCUCUAUAUUGUUUAAAUCUGUACAACUCCUCCACUGCAGUGGUACUGCACUACUGCACUACUGUACACGUAUAAUCUAACUACUUGUGUGGCAAAUAAUACCUUAAUAACAGCAGCUGUAGAGAGUGUUUUAACCGUAUUUGGCCAGAUUACCAGUUUAGCUCUCGUGUUCAAUGGAAUGUAAUUUAUUUUACGGAGACACAUGACAUACUUUAGGAGUUGGAUGUAAGUUAAAGCUUUUUUCGUGUUACUGAUGAUAUUAAGGUAAUGGCAGUUUUGUGGGAUUAUAUUUAAAUUUUGUAUUUCUGUUA